UGAAGCCUCAGUAACCUGCCUGGUGCCGUGGUGGUCGGAUCUCACGCGCGGUCCUACACCUUUUCCUUGUAUCGAACUUUCACAUAUCUCUUGUUAUACGCUGAUUACCUAUGUAAGCCUCAGCUGUCUCAUCUAACAUCGUCUCAGCAAUGCACAGGGUUUUGUAAGGUGUCCAGGAAGCAACCAGUUCUCAGGAGACUAGAAGGUUGAGAACAAAAAACUUGCCUAUACGGCUAGAGGUAAGACUGUUCUACUCACUACACGAAGUGAACACAAGAGCCACUGUUGCCCAUGUUCUGCUGCUCCUGACUACUAUUACUACCACCGGACAAGAAUCUGGGUUACUAUGAGGCUGCUUCUGUGGACGGCGCUCCUGGUAUGCUGCAUGGGUUGGUGUAGUGGCAUCUGUGUCAUCGACAACAAGAAAGGAUGGAGCAUAGAUUGUGGCAUCAGAGAUUCCUACCUCUUCAGACUCAAGGAUUACGGAGGCAUUAGGGCCAAUUUUGACUUUGGUCUUGGCUUUGGAGAUGAGAAAGGCUUCCCUCAGUCCAUCAGCAAUACUGCCGGUGGAUACCACCGCAAGAAUGAUGAUAAUGAUGAACUUCAAGUAGCUGAUAAGAGAGCAGACCAGGACCCCUCCCAUGCACUACAUGGACGUAGAGUCAGACCUGGUCCAGCCUUUAAACUGCAGCCUCCUCCAUUACCAGCCAGCCGUCGACACAGUCCUGUGGGAAUAUUUGGUCGUCAGUCUCCCCCACAAAACCCUCCAGGAUUUAGGCAGAAUGGCCGACAAAAAUUCAUUGGGCAAAGAUUUCAGAGGGUCCCUGUACAAAAUCCUUUGCAUGGGAAUUUCCAACCUCAACGCCAAUUUUUUGUCAAUAGCCAGCCUCAUUUUCAAAAUCAGCAUCAGCAUUUCUUUCCUAGUCAACAUGGAAGUCACACAGCCUUCUUCAAUGAUGAUACCCCACCACUGCCACACACUCCUCCUCCUACACACAGUCCUACAGUUGGCCCCAUCUUGGGAGAAGUACUGAAGUUGGACUCCAACACACCAGCAGAUACAGAUCACGUUCCAUCCUUUGCUGCCAAGAUGUUUAUUGUACGCGAGGCUCCUGAAGAAUUUCAUCCACCAGGCUACUCACUUGGGGCCUUCCACAAGGUCAAUGCACAUGUUGAACUCCCGAGGACUAAGUUCUUCUGUGAGGAACGAAAAUAUUUGCCUGGUAUCUAUGCUGACACACAGCUGGGAUGCAAAGUGUUCCACUUGUGUCUUCCUGCAGCCAUGGGCAACACUAUGACCAGCUUCCUCUGCCCAAACAUGACCCUAUUUGACCAGUCCAUCUUGCAGUGCAACUGGUGGUACUAUGUCAACUGUGAAAAUUCUCCCCUGAGUUACGAUGCCAACCUCCCCAUGGCUCUCAGCUAUCGCAAAAUCAAUGCCGCUCAGCUGACCCUAUCUGGUGUAAAUGACUACAACAACGUUGCUCUCCUGUCACAAAAUGCAGAGGAACUGAAGAAGCUGCAGGCAGACCAGUCUGACACCAUCACAAAUUUUGCCCUGAAAAGGAUGGGCUUGCUUGAGCAGCCUGAAAACUUACUUCAUAAUGGAGGUGCUGGUCAGACAGAUGGUAUUCGUCGACAGCCAAGGACGAUGGUACAUGCUGAGAACACAACCCUAGGAGAGGAGAAACAGAAUGUCUCAAAGAAAAAUAUGGAUGAAAAUAAUCUUCAUAAAAAAGAUGAAGAGAAAGUUCAAGAAAAAGUAAACUGUGAAGAGGACACUGCCCAAGUGGAAGAUAAAGUCAAAGAUAAAAUAAAGUAUGACGAGGUAAUUGAUCAGCAAGAAGAUAAAAUUAGUAAGACAGAACAGAAUAAAAACAGUAAUGCCCAUAUUGAAGAUAAAAUAACGAAGAAAAUACAAGCUGUGGAGAACAGUGACCAAAAAGAAGGUACAAAUAAAGCAAGAAAAAAUAGAAGUCUUGUUGAAAGCAGCCACAGCAGAAACUUAGGAGCUAAUGAAGGUUCACAUAUUUCUCCUCUUUUAUUGAGGGUGUACAAGAGAGUUGCCUACCUGGACUAGUUCUCAAAAGCACUUACAUAAUGUAUGUCAUCAAACAGUCCCUCACUUAAUUGUAUACUCCCUUUAGAAAAAGUCUUUUUAAUGCUUGUGAAGUUUUUAUAGUACUGUAUAUACAGUUAUCUUCUGUGUUGCCAGCCACUCAAGUAAUGCCAUGUUACACUAAAAUCAAACAGUAUUGAUGUGUUAACAUGCCAUAAGAGAAACUGUAUCUACAUUCUUGAGAGCAUUUACUUCACAACUAAAGGGAACUGGGUUUGGUUGCCUGGCUGGACAAGACAUAUUGGCAAGUCUUCUUAUGCCCAUUGCCUAUGCUUGCCUAGAAGUAAAUGCAGUAGAUACCUGUGUGUUAGUCAUCGUAUGUAGGUCACAUCCUAGGAGAGAACCCAAAAGGAAAUAUGCCAUAAUAUUUAGCUCUGUUGGUUAUCCUGGGUUAAAUAACUAUAAAAACGCCCUCAGGAUCUGGGUCUGGCAUAGCAUAAAUACAUCAAUAUUGAUGCUUUUUCUUUUCUCUUACAAUGUUUUUUUCUACCUCAUUCUUAUUCCACCUAUUCUCCUUACCCUAAAAAAAAAUCAGUGCCAUUUGAAGGAGAGUAAAAUGUUUUUUCUUGCUUAUAAAGCAUGAAUUGCUCAAUAAUUCUACCUGCUUCUAUAUAUAUAUGAGAUCAGUGGUUCAUGGACCACUUCAUCCCACAGCUUUUGUAAAUAGUUCAUCUAUCUUUUAGUCUGACUUAGUGGCUGGCAAAGGUAAUGUAAAAACAGGAUAUAAUGACUCCCGAAAUCAUAAUAACACGAUUGCCAACAAACCAUGGAAUGGGUGGAAUUUGAGCCCAUGGUGAGUGAGUUGUAAAACUCCAGGCCAGUGUGUAAGCCACUGGCCUGGAGUUUUACAGUUCACUUGCCAUGGGUUGCAACCCCACCUGUACUUUUUUUUUUUUUUAACAGGAUGUAAUUUUGACUUGUUGCCAUGCAUGUGCUGAGUAUGCACAGUACUAAUAUGAAUGUUCUAGGUACCCAUCAAAGCUACCACCAUGGUAGUUAACCAGUGUGUACUGUAAUUAACUAGUGUAUACUGUAGUUAACUAGCGUGUACCGUAGUUAACCAGUGUAUACUCUUAACUGUUCUUGCCAUCAACCCCCAAAAUAAUUUUAUGUAAUCUUAAUUUCUCUUACCAAAUAUAUGUACAGCAGAUGUUGAUCAAUGCGUUUCCAGUGUAUGCAUUAUUUUAAGCUUCGAAUAGUAGGCAGCUGUAGUCUUAGGUUUGUAAAGGAUAUAGGACAGGUAUACUGUAUUAUUUCCCAAGAAAUUAACAAUGUAACAAUUUAUUUUAAAUCUAUCUUGUCUUUCAUUAUGUUUACAUAUCAGUGAACUAUUUUUUGUUUUUCUUUGCCUAUAUUUUCCUCUUCAAUACAUAAUGUUUCUUCAGACUUGCUAGUGACAUUUUUUUUUUUUUUUUUUAAUUUAUACACUGAUGCACAUAUCACAACUUUAGUUUUUAUUUAUGCAUUCAACUUUGAUUAUUUAUAAGUUUUCUAUUAAUAUUAAUGCAAUAGUAAAAUGACUUUCAACAAAGAAACCUUUUGUUAAUAGAGUAUUUUGCUCAGUGGGUGAAUUUUGUUUUACUUUUUUAGAACAUCAGCUGUCUCCCACAAGGUAGAGUGACCCAAAAAAAACAAAAAUGAGGAAAAACAUUCUCCAUCAUUCAUUCAAUCGUUGUAUUGCCGGAAGUGUCAUGACAGUAGUUCAGAUGUCCCUCCAAACAAUAAUAUCCUCACACCCCCUUCAGAGUGCAGGCACUGUACUUUCCACCUCAAGGACUCGAGUCCAGCUAACCAGUUUCAAUACACAGGUGAAAUGUAUUACUAAAAGGUUUUCACUGAAAGUGUCUUACUACCAAACAUCUGUCAUCUCAUCGCUAUGUAUUUACAACAUUAACAAAGGGUAGGAUGUUCAUAGUUUAACAUCUUAGUAAUUCUUUCUUUCUUUCAACACACCAGCCGUAUCCCACCGAGGCGGGGUGGCCCAAAAGGAAAAACAAAAGUUUCUCCUUUCACAUUUAGUAAUAUAUACAGGAGAAGGGGUUACUAGCCCCUUGCUCCUGGCAUUUUAGUCGCCUCUUACAACACGCAUAGCUUACGGAGGAAGAAUUCUGUUCCACUUCCCCAUGGAGAUAAGAGGAAAUAAACAAGAACAAGAGCUAGUAAGAAAAUAGAAGAAAACCCAGAGGGGUGUGUAUACAUAUGCUUGUACAUGUAUGUGUAGUGUGACCUAAGUGUAAGCAGAAGUAGCAAGACGUACCUGAAACCUUGCAUGUUUAUGAGACAGAAAAAACACCAGCAAUCCUACCAUCGUGUAAAACAAUUACAGGCUUACGUUUUACACUCACUUGGCAGGACGGUAGUACCUCCCUGGGCGGUUGCUGUUUACCAACCUACUACCUAGGUCAUCUUAGUAAUAUACUGUACAAAAUUAAUUUUGAUCAUUGUAUUGAUCAUUUAAUUUUCUAAUUUGUGAUAGAAUGAUAUUUUCUUAUCUUAAAAACAUUAAAAUCAUUUAAACAACCUAGGCUAAGUUAUCCUGCCCUUCUCCCCUUUAUAUAUUUUCUUGUUAAUGAGUGAUUAUUUUCCAGUUGUUGAUAUACAAGACCACGAAGAUUUCCCCAGGUUUAGCACAUCCCCCUAAAUAUAAUAAUAAUAGUGAUACUAAGAAUGCACGAUAGUCAGUAAUGUAAGUGCUUGCUCAAUAUCCUUUAGAUAACCGAGUGCAGUAAGGCCCCGACUUAGAUAAUUUUGACUUACUGACUGACUGACUGAGAGAGAGAGCCAGAGAGGAUGGGGAGAGCUAGCUAGCUCUCACAUUUGCUGAGAAGUAUAAAGAACUAUAGAUUUAAAAAAUACUAUUUUCUUCAAGGUUGAAUUAAACCAUGGAUACUUUGUUUUUUUUUGGUAAUGAUUGGUUCUGAAAAAGAUUAAAUAAUUAUGUUUGGUUAGGCUGUGGAAAGUUGGUGCUCUUGCUUACCAGACAUGUUCAGUAGAGGUGUGGGACCUCAUACCACACCUUCCCUCACACAACUAUACUCAUCACUACCUUCCCUACCCCCAACCCUCUUCUUCCCCUUCCUUCAUACUCCCCUCCCUUCUCUAUGCCCCUGCCGCUUUCCUCUUCACCCUCUCCUAUUCUCCACCCCUCUAUUGGAGAUAGCUCAACUGCUAUGCACCAGUACCCUUCUGUACUGUGGUAUGUACUGUAGCUCCAUUCUGUUUAACAAACGUGUAUACAUUAUAUAAAUAAAUGUUUAAUACCAUUGUAAGUGAAAAGCAGCAUUACUGAAUGUAAAAUAUAGGGUGAAAAUUCCUGUUUAAAAAAUACAUGUAAACGAAUUUAACCCCUUGACUGUCGCAACCCCAAAUCUUUUCCCGACUGUAAUGACACCAAAAGAAUGAAAUUUGAUGGAAAACUGACGAAAUUACACUCUCGUGAAGUUAGGAACUUUGGCAAUAUUUACAAAUCGGCGUUUUCGCCCACUUUGAGCCCUAUUUUCGGCUAAUUCCAUUGUUCCAGUCGACCAAACUCAUAGCUAUUUCUUUAGAACUCCAUUUUUUUCUAUCGACUGAGUACAAGAAACUGCCCAUUUACCGAUUUCAACUACCCAAUAACGUGGUCAGAAAUUUGCAAUUUGGCCAGUUUCACGAAAAUUACAAAAUAUGACAAUUCAAAAUAGGGUCCAGAAUGAACAAUGCAGACAUUCCUGGCUCUAAAAUAAUAUUUUCUUUGUUCAUCAGUCACAUCUCCAGGCCCCUCUGAUAUUACUCUUGCUUUCUAUUUUGAAUUUUUAUUCAAACAAAAAAUAAAAGAUUUACUGUUAUGCAGACUACAGUAAUAUUGUAAUAAUUGUAUAAAUAAUAUCAACCCAUUCAUGACUGCAUAUUAGAAUGGCUGCUUGGAAAUUUAUUGGAAAAUGACAUCAUUUGUUUACUUUUGAACAUCAGUAAAAAUCAAACAUUUCCCCUACUUUGAGCUCCAUUUUAAGGGUUUUCAUAGUAACACCAAUCAAAAUCACCUCUAUUUCUAUAAUAUGUUUUCCAUUCUAUCAAAGGAGACCAAGAAAACGAGAAUACAAACAUAAAUACUAUACGAAAAUAGACCACAAAUUUGGCAUUUUAAUUAAAAAAAAAAACGGUCGGAGUUUUUUUUUUUCCUCAUUAUGCACCGCGUGCUGCAGGAUUUUUAUUAUAUGGUGCACACACCACACAGACCCAUUCUCUCACAUGUGGGCCUACCAGCUUUCUCCUGCUUGAUUUGAAGCCGCUAGAAUUUAUGAGUAUAUAUACGUCAAAAACGGUGGCUCGUGAGAAGUAUAUAUACGACCGAAACAGUCAAAGGGUUAAAUUUGUAAUAUUAUGUCUCAGGAGCACAUCAACGAUUAUAACAUGGGUAUCUGUGAAAAAUAAGUUCCAAGAAGUGAAUUUUAGGAACUCGUGUAUAUAAAAAAGUUGGGGCCCUACUUUACUCCAUUAAAGAGACUAACCAAGCACACUGAUAAGUGUAUUCUAAUCAAAUAAGUUUAAUACAGUAUCCAUUCUUUAUAGGCAGGCUACAAUUGAUUCAUGUUUUUUAGAUAUAAAGUUAUACUGGCUUUUGUUUUCAUAUAGGUAGUACUGUAGCCUACUACAUUACAAGUGACACAUCUAUGAAAUAUUUCUACAUUGCUCCACAAAUGUAGUGGCAGAAUGUAACAGUUACUCUAGAUUUUUUUCUUUUAGACACUGGCAGUCUCUCGCCGAGGUAAGGUGACCCAACGCAGAAGUCAACAUUUUCACUGUCACUUGUUCAUUCACUGUCUUGCUAGAAGGAUACCAGUAUCACAGUUCAGAUGACACUCUAAACAUUCCUAUUGUUUAACAGUGACAUUAAUGAUAUGCAAUAUAAUUUGAAUAGAUCCUGUUGAUUUGCAUGCAGUAACCAAACAGAGGCCAAUAUAAAAUCAUUGUGAAUUAUGGUCAUGAAUGUUAUUCUAUGACCACAUGUAGUCCAAUGAUAUGGUUUGUCUGUAUGUACAAAAUGUAUUAGAAGCAGUAGUUUGUAGUUUUUCAUCCUUUUUUUUUUAUAGGGAACAUUAUUUUGAAGCUAAUAAGGGUAUGUAUACAUAAAUGAUGAAAGUGUUUCUUUUUUGAGUCACCCUGCCUAGGUGGGAGACGGCCGACAUGUUUAAAAAAAAAAUAGUUUUCUACUUUAUACUAAGGCAUUGUAAAAUUUACAUAUACUUUUGUAGCCUGCUUUUAAAACCUGGAUCUUAAGAAAGCUGAAGGCCUAUGGUCAGAAUCUGCAUAAUCAAAAUUCUAGUAAUUAUUAAUAAGUGAGUCCAUGAUUCAUUUAUAAAACGGAUGCUUAUGUUUGGUCUUUGCACCAAACAUUUUGAGCUUAGAUAACAAAACAAGUGUGUGGUGUGUGUGUAUGUGUGUGUAUUAUUUCCACAGGUAAACUGACCUUCUCAAAUGGAAACUGCCUCAAAUUCAAAUAGUGAAGCUUCCAAACUCAUCUUGUGACCCAUGGAUGGUAAACUGCAUGGGUGGUUGUUGAGGUGGCGCUGGCGCCUAAUUUCCAAUUGAGUAAUUCUGAAGCAUAUGAGAUAAUUCGACUAGGGCUUCCCGCUCUCGGCUGUAACUGCCUCGGGAAGCAACUUGACUCAGGUAGUUGACAGGCUCUUGAUGGUCGGCUCUGGUAGCUGCCAUUGCUGGUAAGGGCAUGUAAUUUUUAUAAUUAUAACUCCCUUUAAUGAAUGGUUUGGAAUGUUUAGACUUGUACAUAUAUAUUUAGUUAAUUUAUUGUGUAAUAUGCAUAUUUUUAAUAAAGCCAAAUAUGUAUAUCAUUGUUUAAUUGCCUCUUUUGGCUGUUUUGGCCAAAAUAAAACUUGAUUUACUAC